UUGUGGACGGGACUGAUGGACUGAGUAAAGCAGCGAAGUUCCUUGAUUUUUUAACAAAAAAUUUCAUUCUAGUAAACAGAAAAAACAACAAAUAACAAAAAAAUAAAAAAAUAAAAAUUGAAGUAAAGCAUAACAGUGGAAAUCGAUCAUCAAUUCCAUUUCCAUCUCUUUGUUUGAGAAGAAUCAAGAUUUCUUGACAGCCAUUAAGACCCAAGUGUAAGAAUCAAUUCCCACCUCUCUUUCUCUCUUUUCCCUCUUUCUAGUUUCUUAUAUUAUCUUUUUUUAUUUUUUUGGUUUGAAGAUUUGUUCAUGUUGAGAGUUCAGUGUAUUAUUGUAUUUGUCUACCAUUAUAUAUCUCUAUUUGCUCAUAUCUACUCCUUAUUCAACCACUUACUAGCAAGUACACACCCAAGAUCUUGAUUAACCCUAUCACUACCCAUUAAAUAUCUUUGAAGUUAUUCAAUUCAUGGCAGUCCUCCUAAAUUCAGUUUCCCCUAUAAAGAACCCAUCUCAAGAAAAUGCAAGAAAGCCUUGUGGGUACUUUUCCCCAAUCCCAAAUCUCCAUUCCUUUUCACUCACCAUGGGUUUUUCUAAAGUUUUGGCAUCUACCCAGAUGGCCAUAUCGCCAAAAGAAACUGUUUUCACAAUGCCCAAUUGGAGCUCUGGUAGGAAUGACCCAAGAACUAGGGAUCUUCGACUCAAUGAUGCAUUUCUGUAUUUGGAAUAUAUGGUUGGGGAGGGACACAAGCCUGAUGUGGGUCAUGCCACGCAGCUCUUGUAUGAUCUUUGUAAGUUGAACAAACUCCGAAAGGCUACUAGAGUGAUGGAGAUGAUGGUUAAUUCAGGUUGUUCACUGGAUCCGUCUACCUAUAAUUUCUUGGUGGAUCAUUUGUGUAGGAGAGGGAAUGUUGGUUAUGCAAUGCAAUUAGUCGAAAAAAUGGAGGAAUGUGGAUAUCCAACCAAUACUGUUACAUACAAUUCUCUUGUGAAAGGGCUUUGUAUGCGCGGAAACUUGGAUCAAAGCUUGCAUUAUUUAGACAGGUUGAUGGAGAAAGGAUUGGUUCCUAAUGUAUUCACUUACUCUUUCUUGCUCGGAGCUGCUUAUAAAGAGAGAGGGGUAAGUGAAGCGAUGAGACUAUUGGAUGAGAUCAUUGCUAAGGGUGGAAAACCCAAUUUGGUUAGUUACAAUGUUUUGUUAACCGGGAUGUGCAAAGAAGGUAGGAUUGAUGAGGCAAUAAGUUUCUUUAGGGAUUUACCUUCUAAAGGGUUUAGUCCCAAUGUUGUGAGCCAUAAUAUUUUGUUGAGGAGCUUGUGCUACGAAGGGCGUUGGGAGGAGGCAAAUUCACUUCUUGAAGAGAUGGUAGGGGAGGAUCGUUCGCCAUCGGUCGUUACCUACAAUAUACUAAUUGGUUCGCUUGCUUAUCACGGUCAGACUGAUCAUGCCCUCAAGGUGUUGGAUGAAAUGUUCAAGGGACCGUUCACACCCACUGCUGCUACCUAUAACCCAAUUAUUGCUCGUCUAUGCAAAGAUGGGAAAGUAGAUAGUGUAGUUAAGUGUCUUGAUCAAAUGAUUCAUCAACAUUGCAAUCCCAAUGAGGGUACAUACAAUGCCAUUGCCGUGCUUUGUGAGGAAGGGAAGGUUGAUGAGGCUUUUUCUAUAAUUCAGAGCUUGAGUGAUAAGCAAAACUCAUUUAUCCAUGACUUCUAUAGAACUGUGAUCUCAAGCUUGUGUAGGAAAGGAAACACAUACUCAGCUUUGUUGCUUUUAUAUGAAAUGACGAAGUGUGGAUUUACACCUCAUUCCUUGACGUAUUCGUCUUUGAUCAGAGGAUUGUGCAUGGAAGGGAUGUUGGAUGAGGCGAUGGAGAUAUUUAUGAUCAUGGAAGAAAACAACUACCAACCUGAUAUCGAAAAUUUCAAUGCACUUAUUCUUGGGUUAUGCAAAUCACGAAGAACAGAUUUGUCUUUGGAGAUUUUUGAGAUGAUGAUUGAGAAGGGCUACAUGCCUGUUGAGACAACUUAUACCAUUGUGGUGGAAGGUAUUGUCCACGAAGAAGAAAGAGAGCUUGCUGCAGCGGUUUUGAAAGAGUUGCACCUGAGACAGGUCAUGAGUCGGAAAACAGUAGAGAGACUUGUCAUGCAAUAUGACCUUGAGGGGUUAUCAUUAUAGGCAGAAAUCAGACAGAAAUGAAAGAAAAUUGAAAGCACGGAAGAAAGCAAAAUGGAAUGAGGGAUUUGUGAUCAAUACAAGCAAGAUGAGGGCUCCAGAAGGGUUUGGCUCAAUUAUGGGUUCUGUAGACUACUAAUGAAAUGAAUGCCAAUAUGGGAAUUGAAAUUGCACUCAAAGCCUCUGAAAGGUGGUAACUGGGAAAGGAAUGAAUAUUGAGCAUAUCAUGUAUACUAUCCUUUGCUUCAAUAUUGCUGCUUUCCAAUUCCGACCUUUGUGAAAUUCUGUUACUCGUGUAAAUGACUUGUUCUCUGCUAGCAAAUUGAUUUUGUUUUUCAUGCUGAACACAGUACUUACCAUUGGUUUUA